GCUGCGAGGCGAGGCUGCGGAUUCAGGCCGCGCGAUGAAGCCGCCCGUCCUGUUCUGGGCCUUGCUGCUGCUGCUCGCGACAGCCCCCGGCCCCGGCCCCCGGCCUGCAGCAGGUGCCCCUGGGAGCUGCUCCCAGCGCUGUGGAGACCGGGAUGGGUCUUGCUCCUGCCACCCAACCUGCUCCGGCCUGAGCUCCUGCUGCUCGGACUUUCGGGACUUCUGCCUGGAAAUCUCUCCCUACUCGGGCUCCAUGAUGGGUGGCAAGGACUUCGUAGUGCAGCAUCUCAACUGGUUCAGACCAACUGAAGGCGUGAUCUGCAGGUUUAAGGAGAGUAUCCAGACCCUCGGACAUGUGGAUUCCUUUGGACGUGUGCACUGUGUGUCCCCCUUGCUGUAUGAGACAGGCCGCAUCCCCUUCACACUCUCCCUGGACAAUGGUCGCUCCUUUCCACGCUCCGGGACCUGGCUGGCUGUACACCCCAACAGAGUGUCAGAGACAGAGAAGAGCAAGCUGGUGAAUGAGACACGCUGGCAGUACUAUGGCACAGCUGGGAUCACGGGAAACCUCACCGUGACCUGGGAGCCCUCGGCUCUGUCCACACAGUCUGUCAUCAUCGAGCUCUGGGGCUAUGAGGAGACAGGGACACCAUAUUCAGAUAAGUGGGCUGCAAAGUGGUCGUACCUGUACCCUCUGGCUACAAACAUCCCCAACUCUGGCUCCUUCACCUUCACUCCCAAGCCCGCACCACAGAACUACCAGAGAUGGGAAGUGGGUGCACUUCGGAUCAUCAGCAGCAGAUACUAUGCAGGGGAGAAAGAUGUGCAUGCACUCUGGAGCAACGAGCACGCGCUGGCCUGGCACCUGGGUGAGGACUUCCAGGCGGACCCCGAGGCCUGGGCCCGGGCCCAGUGCCUGGCCUGGGAGGACCUGGAGGACCAACUGCCCAACUUCCUGGAGGAGGUGCCAGACUGCCCCUGCACCCUGGCUCAGGCCCGGGCUGACUCGGGCCGCUUCCACACGGACUACGGCUGUGACAUUGAGCACGGCAGCGUGUGCACCUACCACCCUGGGGCCGUACACUGCGUGCGCUCUGUGCAAGCCAGCCCCCGGUACGCCUCCGGCCAGCAGUGUUGCUACACGGCGGCUGGCACCCUGCUCCUGACGGCCGACUCAACGGGAGGCAGCACCCCAGACCGUGGCCACGACUGGGGCGCGCCCCCGUUCCGCACACCACCCCGCGUGCCUGGCCUCUCCCACUGGCUCUACGAUGUCGUCAGCUUCUACCACUGCUGCCUCUGGGCGCCUGAGUGCUCCCGGUACAUGCGGCGGCGGCCGUCCAGUGACUGUCGGAGCUACCGGCCGUCGCGCCUAGCCUCCACUUUUGGGGACCCACACUUUGUCACCUUCGAUGGCGCCAACUUCACUUUCAAUGGGCGUGGCGAGUACGUGCUGCUGGAGGCCACACUGACCAACUUAAGGGUGCACGGGCGGGCCCAGACCCGGACGACUUCAGAGGGCACACAGGACCAAGGCACAGGGCUGAUGGCUGUGGCUGUCCAGGAGGGCAACUCAGACGUGGUGGAGGUCCGGCUGGAUGGCAAGGAGGGGGUCCUGCAGGUGCUGCUGAACCAGGAGGUGCUCAACUUCACAGAACAGAGCUGGAUGGACCUGAAAGGUAUGUUCCUGUCCAUAGCUGCCCAAGACGGCGUGUCCAUCAUGCUAUCAUCAGGGGCUGGCCUGGAGGUCCUCGUCCAGCGUCCGUUCCUGAGUGUGACUGUUCUCCUGCCUGAGAAGUUCCUUACCCACACGCAAGGCCUUCUUGGGACACUGAAUGAUGACCCCACCGACGACUAUACCCUGCGCAAUGGGAGGGUCUUGCCCCCCGAGUCCACUUCCCGGGAGCUGUUCCGCUUUGGGGCCGACUGGGCCGUGGAGAACGCCUCGUCCCUGCUUACCUAUGACUCUUGGUUCCUGGUCAACAACUUCCUGUAUCAGUCCAAGCAUGACUACACCUUUCAGCCCCUGUUCGCCGAGGAGACCACCCCCAACCCCAAUCAGGCCGAGGUGGCUGAAUUAUGUGGAGACAACCAUUUCUGUGCUUUUGAUGUGAUGGCCACUGGGAGCCUGAGCGUGGGCAACGGCACGCUGAUGGCCCACCAGCGGCACCAGCAUCGUGUGCAGAGCCUGCGGCCUGUGACGUCUUGCGGCUGGCUGGCUCCGCCCCCCAAUGGACACAAGGAGGGUAUCAGCUACCUGGCGGGCUCCACGGUCCACUUCCACUGUGACGGCGGCUACAACCUGUUUGGGGCAGAGGCCAGCACCUGCCAGGCUGAUGGCACCUGGUCCAGGCCCAGCCCCAUGUGCCAACCAGCUCGGAGCCAUGCGGUCCUACUGAGCAUCAUCUUCGGAGGCCUGGCGGUGGUGGCUCUGGUCGCGCUGGUGUAUGUGCUUCUACGCCGCAGGAAGGGCAACAUGGCCAGCUGGGGUUCACAGCCCUGAAGGGGGCUCAUUUGGCCCGCAGCCAGAGACCAAGAACCUGGAGCCAAGACCAGCCUCCCAGGAGAAAGCUCUGGAGAGCGUGCACCCCGGCACUUCGAUCCCCCAUCCCUUGCACCAUGUACAGGGACCUGGACACCUGAUACCUGAGCCUUUAAUGCCCAUGUGUACCCUUACCCUAGUGCCCUGCUCUGUCUCCUUAGACCUGGACACCUGGCUCGAGCCGGGAAGCUCCCAACAGGCACCUGGUGCUCUAGUCCCCAAGUAGUCUAAGCUCUCACCCCCAGACUCAAUUCCCUCCAAUUCUAACACCUGUCUCCAGAGACCCAGCACUCUGGUACUUGAAACUCAAAUGGUGGUACCUCAGAUUCCGUGUCUGAUACCUGUGAUCCCAAUCCACUGGUCCCUGGUGCCCCAACACAGGAGCCUUAGCACCCAGCUGCCUUGAUUGCAGGACUUGGCCCAGCCUCGGUGGGAGAGGCCUCAGGACCCCAGUGUGGAGGGUCACUCUCUGAGCUCCAGGCUCGGAGUUCUAACCCUUCUGGAAUGUCACUUCUAACUCUUCUGGAAUGUCCCUUCUAACUCGACUGGAAUGUCACUUGAGAUACCCCUCCCUCUCUACCCAGAGAAAACAAGCCUGUGGUGCCCCCUC